GAGAGAGAGAGAGAGAAGCAGUGCCUGAACUGGCUAGUUGCUAUUUCCUAUUUCGUGGAUGAACCUUGCAAAAACUCUGAAGCAGUCAACGCAAGUUAAAGCAUAGACAUCGUCGACAUCCCACGUUCAUCAUCGUCAGUUAAACAGUCCACAUUCUGGAUUGCUCCUUCCUGUUUUCUCUCCAUGAUUUGAAUCUUUCUCUUUCUUUUUUAUCAGUUACGCUCGAUCUCUUAUUAGUAAUUUCAAUAUCUAAAGGCACGUCAUUCUCCUUUUUUUUUUUUUAACACACAAGUGUUUCUAUAUAUUUAUAACCUUGGUUUUGACCCAUAGCAAACUAGCAGUUAUGAAGAGAGGGGGGGGAGUAGGUUACAUUUUUUAAGGCUACGCUAUCUCAAAGGCAGUUGAGAUCAGUAUAUAUAUAUCAGUAUAGUUUCGUGAGAGACUGUAUAUAAAGAAGUGGAAGCUGGAGACUCGGGUGUGUGAUCACCAAGAAGAAGCUUCAGGUCACUAAAUUAAUAAGUAGAUAUUUAGAAGAUGGUGCGCAUGCUCUAUUGGCUUACUGCAAUAUUGCUGCUAUGGACGGCGACGGGCACAGUCCGUGGAGGCAACGUAACCUACGAUGGAAGAUCCUUGAUCAUCAAUGGCCAACACAAGAUUCUCUUUUCUGGUUCAAUCCACUAUCCUCGCAGCACUCCUGAUAUGUGGUCAUCUUUGAUUUCCAAAGCCAAGGCUGGAGGCAUAGACGUUAUACAGACCUAUGUGUUUUGGAACCUGCACGAGCCACAACAAGGGCAGUUUUAUUUCAAUGGAAGAGCGGACUUAGUAAGGUUCGUGAAGGAAAUCCAAGCACAAGGCCUCUAUGCUUGCCUUAGAAUUGGGCCCUUUAUUGAGAGUGAAUGGACAUACGGGGGACUACCAUUUUGGCUGCAUGACAUUCCGGGCAUGGUCUACCGAUCUGAUAACCAACCUUUCAAGUAUCACAUGAAAAGGUUUGUAUCGAGAAUAGUAAGCAUGAUGAAAUCAGAGAAAUUAUAUGCUUCACAAGGAGGGCCAAUCAUACUAUCACAGGUUGAGAACGAGUACAAAAAUGUUGAAGCAGCUUUUCAUGAGAAAGGGCCAAGUUAUGUUCGUUGGGCUGCAUUGAUGGCCGUAAAUCUUCAUACUGGAGUGCCCUGGGUGAUGUGUAAGCAGGAUGAUGCUCCUGACCCAGUGAUCAAUUCAUGCAAUGGAAUGCGAUGUGGAGAAACAUUUGCAGGACCAAACUCACCGAAUAAGCCAUCAAUAUGGACUGAGGACUGGACCAGUUUCUAUCAGGUAUACGGGGAAGAAACAUACAUGAGAUCAGCUCAAGACAUAGCAUUUCAUGUUGCUUUAUUCAUUGCAAAAACAGGAAGUUAUGUAAACUAUUACAUGUAUCAUGGAGGAACCAAUUUUGGAAGAACAGCCUCUGCAUUUACAAUAACAAGUUACUAUGACCAAGCCCCUCUUGACGAGUAUGGUUUAAUUAGGCAGCCAAAAUGGGGUCACCUGAAGGAAUUACAUGCUGCAAUAAAGUCAUGUUCAAAGCUGCUACUUCAUGGAGCACAUAAAACUUUUUCUUUGGGGCCACUACAACAAGUAAGAAAGCUAAGAACAUUUUCUUUCCUGGAGAUUGGUAACUUGUGUUUGAUUUCUUUCGAGAAACAUUUGAGUAAAUUAUUUCUUGAUCACUCAACCCUGAAAAUUCAGGCGUAUGUCUUCCAAGGAAAUUCAGGACAAUGUGCUGCCUUUCUAGUGAACAAUGACGGCAAACAAGAAGUAGAAGUCCUCUUUCAAAGCAAUUCAUAUAAGUUGCCUCAAAAGUCUAUUAGCAUUCUACCAGACUGCAAGACCAUGACCUUUAAUACAGCAAAAGUAAAUGCACAAUAUACUACAAGAUCAAUGAAACCAAACCAAAAGUUCAACUCGGUUGGGAAAUGGGAAGAGUAUAAUGAACCUAUCCCAGAAUUUGACAAAACAUCUUUGAGAGCAAACAGAUUGUUAGAGCACAUGAGUACAACAAAAGAUACAUCUGACUACCUAUGGUACACUUUCAGGUUUCAACAAAAUCUUCCCAAUGCACAGUCUGUAUUUAAUGCCCAAUCACAUGGACACGUUUUGCAUGCAUAUGUAAAUGGAGUACAUGCUGGCUUUGGUCACGGAAGUCAUCAGAAUACAAGUUUCAGUCUGCAGACUACAGUUCGUCUAAAAAAUGGAACAAAUAAUGUUGCCCUACUUAGUGCAACAGUUGGAUUACCGGAUUCAGGAGCAUAUCUCGAGCGCAGGGUUGCUGGAUUGCGUAGAGUAAGGAUUCAAAACAAGGAUUUCACAACUUACACGUGGGGAUACCAGGUUGGGCUGCUAGGAGAGAGGUUACAAAUUUACACGGAGAAUGGAUCUAACAAGGUUAAGUGGAACAAGUUAGGAACCAAUCGACCACUCAUGUGGUACAAGACUCUCUUUGACGCACCUGCAGGAAAUGAUCCAGUGGCACUAAACCUUGGUUCCAUGGGAAAGGGAGAGGCUUGGGUUAAUGGCCAAAGCAUUGGCCGAUAUUGGGUAUCAUUCCAUACUUCCCAAGGAAGUCCUUCACAAACAUGGUACAACAUCCCUCGAGCUUUCCUCAAACCGACUGGCAACCUGUUAGUUCUGCUAGAAGAAGAAAAAGGAUACCCUCCAGGGAUUACAGUAGACACUGUUUCAGUUACAAAAGUAUGUGGCUAUGCAUCCGAAUCACACUUGUCUGCAGUUCAGCUUAGUUGUCCUCUAAAAAGAAACAUUUCUAGUAUCAUUUUUGCAAGCUUUGGAACCCCCUCGGGUAAUUGUGAAAGUUACGCUAUUGGAAACUGUCACUCAUCUAGUUCUAAAGCUAAUGUAGAAAAGGCUUGUAUAGGGAAGAGAAGCUGUUCCAUCCCUCAAUCAAAUCAUUUUUUUGGUGGCGACCCAUGUCCAGGCAUUCCUAAAGUUCUGCUGGUUGAAGCCAAAUGCACAUGAUUUUAAGUUUCAUAGCAUAUUGGGCAAAGAGGUACCAUGAAAAUUUAAAUUCAACUUUUAAAUGAUGUAUAUCUAGGCGAAAUGAGUCAACUCAAGGUGUCAUCAUCAUUCCAGAACCCAUAUAUCCUAGUCUAGGUCUAAAAACUUUUUGGUUUAUUUUUUGUAUUUUAUGGGAGGAUAGAAAGCACUGUGGCUGCGAGGGGCAACAAGUCAGGGCACUACAAGUCUAAAAGUUUAGAUGAUGGGAUUAUAGGGAGACCGAUGUUGACUAAUACGCGGUGUGGAUAAAGCACGUGAAGAACAUGUAAAUGUUCCUCUUGUUUUUCUCUAUAAAAGUUCCCCUUUCCUUGGCUAUACAGUAAAUUCUUGAUUAA